AUGUCAUCUUCUCAGUACAGCUUGAGCGCCGCGUCAGAAGAACGCAAGUCGCGACUUGCCACCCUCAGAAAUCUAAAACGAAAGAAGCCCGACGACGACGACGACGAGGCUGCCGCACCAGAAACUGAAAACUCUCCCUCGGCAACUCCAGAAGCAGACGUCUCGCGUCUACAUCUUUCAGGACGCAAUUAUGAUCCAGAAACAAAAGGUCCCAAGCUUGGAUUCGAGCAAGCGCCAAACGAGGGCCUGGAUAAUCCCACUCUAGAAGAGGAAGCCGCAGACGUCGAGGCCCAAGUCAGGCAGCAAGCGGCCGAAGAGGCGCAGGAUGACAAGGGGCUCGAUUUGUUCAAGCUACAGCCGAAAAAACCAAAUUGGGACCUGAAGCGGAACUUGGAAGCAAAAGUGGAUAUUUUGAAUGUUCGGACGGACAAUGCGAUAGCGCGGCUGGUCCGAGAGAGGAUCUCUGGGGCCCAAAAGGCAGCUACGAAUCCCGCAGCCGCGGACGGCGCAAAUGUCGACGGGGAUGCUGUCGGUAUGGAUGGCGUUGCUCUUGUGGAAGGCUUGAGAGUUAGGGAACAGGAAGAAGAAGAGGAAGAGAUGAGGGAACGAGCAGAGGACGAAGCUCUUUUGGCCUGA